CUCUCCCUCCUGCAGGCUGCUCUCAUGCACACACUCUCAAACCAAUAAGAUUCUGGACACACACAUACACAUUCUCACACUUGCAGGCACACACACACACACGCCACACAUACACACACACUGCCAGACGCAUUUGAUCUUCAAGUUAUUACAGAGUCGGUUGGGACACACUUAGUUUGCUCGCAUUUAUCUCCAUCACAAGUUUCAAGGGGGAAAAAAAAAAAAAUGAGGACAUUUGUGUUUUGCGUUUGCGCCUCUCUCCUGCUGGUGCCGCCGAUCAGCCGGGCUGCAGACUUCCCGGUCAACUCUCACCAGAGAUGGGAUGCCCGAGGACCCUACAACUUGGGAUCUGAUUCCGGCGUCUCCUCCUCCUCCUCCUCUUCCUCCUCCUGUCCCGUCAAACUUCGACCCUCGGGCCAGUGCGGGGGCUCCGGGGCAGACGACGCUGAGGACUGCCCUUACCAGCUCACCCUGCCUCCCCUCACCAUCCAGCUGCCCAAGCAGUUCAGGCUGCUGGAGAAGACGAUGAAGGAGCUGCAGAGCCUGAAGGAGGUGGUAAACAAGCUGAAGAGCGGGUGCCAGGAGUGCCGGGGGGCACGGGGCAACGGGGCUUUCGGACAUCAGCAGGCGGACCAGGGACAGAUCCAGAGAGAUUCCGGGGAGGAGGUGAGGCUGGACCUGAUGGGACAGGAUGUGCAAGCGGGAUCCAGCCAAGAGGAGAGGGGAGAUGGGAUGAUUUUUGGAGGUUCUCUGGACGGUACCGGACCGGGACAAGGUUCCAUAUUUGGGAAAAUACCAUCAAGCCCCAGCACAAUGCAAGAGAUGCAGGUGAAGAUGAAUAAGAUGUCUGCCAGCCUGCGCAACGCCCGGAGCCAGAUCUCGGCUCUGCAGGGCCGCCUGGAGGGGCUCAGCCUGCUCAACGUGGACAACGUGCAGGCCAUGGUGGACAGACGGGUGGAGAACAUCUCCGGAGUGGUCAACAAGCUGAGCUCCAUCUGCAGCACCCCGUGUGCAGCAAUUAAAGCCCAAGAAACAGUUAUCACGGCCCCUCGGGACUGUUCGGACUACAGCGUGCUGAAGGUGAGGAAGAACGAUGUGUAUCAGGUGACCCCUGAUCUCCGCAACGGCACGUUUGAGGUGUUCUGCGACAUGGAGUCCUACGGAGGGGGCUGGACGGUGAUACAGCAGCGCCUCAACGGCUCGGUCAGCUUCAACCGCACCUGGGCCGAGUACAAGAAGGGCUUUGGAAAUCUCAGGGGGGAGUUCUGGUUGGGUAACGACCACAUCCACAUGCUGACAAAGGCCAAAGACAUGGUUCUGCGCAUCGAGUUGGAGGACUUCGAGGGCGUCCGGGAGUACGCCAAGUACGACCAGUUCUACGUGUCCAAUGAGUUCCUACGCUACCGGCUGUCCAUCAGUGGAUACAGCGGGACAGCUGGGAAUGCUAUAAGUUUCAACAAGAACUUCAACCACGACCAGAAGUUCUUCUCCACGCCCGACCGCGACAAUGACAUGUACCCCUCCGGAAACUGCGGGUCCUACUACAGCUCCGGCUGGUGGUUCGACGCCUGCAUGUCGGCCAACCUCAACGGGAAGUACUACCACAAGCGGUACAAGGGCGUCAGGAACGGGAUCUUCUGGGGAACGUGGCACAACAUGUCGACGGAGUACUACCCGACCAACUACAGGCAGGCCUUCAAAACGGUCAAGAUGAUGAUACGACCCAAGAACUACAGCCCUUAAAGAGGACGGGCAAACGUCUGGGGAGUAGCCAGGCAGAUGGCAAGGCGGCAAAUCCAAAAGACAAAGAAAAUGGAAGAACAAGUACAUAAAGACUCAAGCACUCACACAUUUACAUGUAUUUACAUUUACAUGCAUCCAUUUGCGUACAUCAGAAAAGAUUAUAAACCCUAUAGAGAGUCUGAAUGCAGUGCUAACGAAAAAAUUGAGGGAAAAUUGAAGCGUGAUUUCUUUUUCCACUGUAGUGAGUGUUGGCCUUCAGAAUGAUAAUAAAAGACAAUGGACUAUGAACAAAGAUGGACUAAUAAAAAAAAUAAAGACACACACAAAUUCAAACAUCCACAAACUGGGGGUGUAAAGGCCAGCCUCCUACAGGAGCCAUAACAUUAUACGGUGGGUUACCAUGAGAGAUUUUUCUCUGGUCUCUGACAUUUCUCCACUUUCUGUCCUGCUGCCUCCCGCAAUAAACCCGGCUGAGACGCAGCGCAGCACAUACUAGUAGUAAAACCUAAUGAGCUAUCAUUUUCUCUGCUGUAAAUGAUUUCAUAAUUAACAGCAGCCACUCAAGUGAGGUAUAUGAGAGCUGAUGAUACACUUUAGGGCUGAUCUCAAAUUCAUUGCGAAGGACUGCAUGCUGGGUCAGAGUCAAACUGUUUCCCCCCCAAAAAAAGGUUCAGGCAAUAACAUAUGUCACUCUUUAGGAAGCCGUGCGCAAGUAAAACUCAGUGUCAUUUAAUCAAUUACACUGGGACAGCUUGCAAAUGUAUCAUUAUUGGACACAGUAUAAAACAUCCUGGUAUAAAUAUGCAGCCCAAGACAAAUUUCUUUUGAAUAAUUCCCCCCCGUACACGCUGCAUUAUUGAUGCUUUAGUAAAUUCUCCCUGACAGGAGCCAGGGAGCAGGACACUGCUGGAAGCACUGAACUCUCCAGAAGCCACACAGCAGUUUUCAUUGUGAAAAAUCCUCCUUGACUCACCACCGUUUGUACAACACUGCUAUCUAAUGUUAGGAAGCUGUAUAGCAUCAUUUAAUCCAUUUUAUACACACUGUGAAUGGGAAAAAUGGGGAGAGGAAUGUUGCACCCUAAGGAUGUGUACAGUAUUUAUUUUACUUUGUGAGGUAUGAUAAGUUUUUUAUGAUGUAUAGUUCAUGCAGUACAGAGUCUAAUGAUUGUUGAUAUUUGAACAGCGCUAAAGACUGUGAUAGUUGUGACACUUCAAAGUAAACGCAUACAUAUCUGGAGCUUGGUGUGUGUUCCAUAAUAAUCUUUUCUAUUGUUCAUACUCAAUUAUCAUGCACUUUUUCAUAUUCAAAGUGAAUAAAGCUGAAGUAGCCUAACAAGGCUGUGUAGAUUGCAGUGUCUGGCGGUUCAGAGUCAUAUAAUUGCCUGCUCAUCUUAGAAAGUAUGUUCUGUACCGGAUUAAACUUAAAAGAAAACAGCGCAAAAA